AUGCCUUCGACUCCUGACCUUUCUCGUGAGCUUAUAGCCAAUCCCCCGUCUACGCGUAACCACGCCUGGAAGCGCCGAGCAGUUGGUCACACACAAUCGGAUGUCACAGAUCGCAUGAUAGAGAAGCGAAACCUGGCUGAUCUCUCGAAACGCUUUUCGUAUUCCGGCAGCCCCGCGCCUCGUGACCGCCUGAGAGCAACACUGCAAGGGUACCGGAUAUUCACCUGUAACGCCACUAUGUGUGAAAAGCCGCUUGCCCUGCAUAAACUUCCAAUUAAGAAACCGUCCGGGUUUGAGGCCAUCGUCCAAGAUAACGAGGUCAGAGCAGUGAAGUGGAUCUCGACACAGCCCCCGCGAGGCAUUUCACUUAUUGGCUCUAUCAGGCGCCCGUACAAGGCUCCUGACCGCUCGAAACUUGGAUUCCGACAAUUGGAGAAAACGAGCAAGGCAGAUCUCGAGGCGGCCCCGUUGAGAUGUUUUUCCUAUUGGCUCUAUCGCAUCCUCAGCUGGACCGGGGAUCUCAUGCAGCCCUCAUCCGAAUCCGCCAUCGAGGCAGACUCCAAUUCGAGCGGCUUCCAAUUGGACAUGAAGGCAUUCUCGGGACCUGCUUUGUCGCCGCUGCGCCUCUCGAGUGACGUGGCCGGCACUGCGGCAUUUUCACUAUUGGUCCAGUCGCAGCGUCAUGUCAGCCGACACAGGAUCUCCGAGGGUCGACACGUCACGAUCAUCGAGGAAGAGGGGGCCAGGCCGCUGACGCGGGAUGCCGCUAUGCUGUUGCCGGUGCCUCAAGCAAGGGAGGUGUUGGUCGAGGGGUCGAUGAAGAGGUGA